CGAGCAGCCACCGAGCGGUAGUGUACAUCAGUACUCGACGCAAGUUGGACGCCCUUAGCCGUGAACAUUUUCAGUAAUAUUCGCUACCCCAAAUUGUUCGUUCGGUUCGUUUUUAGUUGUUUGAAUAUUAAAUGGCGCACAACAGUGGAGUGAAAAGAGAUAUCCCCAUAAAAUUGGGUGACUUCAGCGUUAUCGACUCGGAGUUCAGCAACAUUCGUGAACGGUUUGACGCUGAAAUGCGCAAAAUGGAAGACGAAAUGACUAAAUUCCGUUCAGAACUCAUGAACAGAGAAUCGAACUUCUUCAAGACAUCAACAAAGACAUCACAUGUGGAAGAAAAGUCCUUCUCUUCAAACACUAUCACAUCCAAUCACAGUGACUUACCGUCUAGCCGAUUGACAACCACAUCCAAUCCAAGUGGAUGGGUCGAAAAUAUCAACUCGCCCUUGAUCCAAGAAGACGGUGACAACAAAUGCUUGAAGCUCAGGUUCGAUGUAAGCCAAUACGAACCCGAAGAAAUCGUAGUCAAGACAGUCGAUAACAAACUUCUGGUACAUGCCAAACAUGAAGAAAAAUCAGAUUCGAAAUCCGUAUACAGGGAGUACAAUCGGGAGUUCUUGCUUCCAAAAGGAACCAAUCCAGAAGCCAUUAAGUCUUCUCUGAGCAAAGACGGUGUUCUGACCGUAGAAGCUCCAUUGCCGCCCGCUCUCGCUGGCCCAGACAAAUUGAUUCCAAUCUCUCACCAUUAAGUUUUUUUAUUCACCUUACCACCUAGUAAACCAAUUUUAGACAGCAUCAAAACACAAAAACAAAAUAUUUAUAAUUUUAAUAUAUUAUUAUUUUUAUUUGUAAUUCAUACAAAGUGUAUUUGUUUCUAUAUUUUUUUUCAUCAGUUUGCCAUUUAUUUUUAUUUAUUUAUUUUUGUUGAAAGUUGUUUUAUAAAUAUGUUUAAAUCAUACCUAAAUAGUUGUAACAUUUUAUUGCUCGUGGCAUCAUAUACUGUUGAGUAAUUAAUUGCGCCUAAAGAUGGUCUAAAUGACUUUAGAAAAAAAUAAGAGCUAUGGUAUUCACAUUUCAUGCUGAAAUUUUAUUUACACUAGUUCCUAUAAAUAUUUUAUAAAGAGCAAAGCUAUAUAUAUAUAUACCAAUAUUUUUAUUGAUGUUUUAUUAAUUAUAUAUUAGUAAUUGAAAGUACAUAUUUUUCAAAAGAUAAAACAUUUAUUUAUUAUAGAUGGCUAAUAUUUAUUUUUUUAUUAAUGCAGUAGCGUGGCAAAAAUACAGAAAACUGAUUGUAAUACACCUAAAUUAUUAUUACAUUGUUAAAAGAUAUGUCAUUGACUAAUAUAAACAAAUAUAAACUAUUUGCAUUUUC